AAGUGCUUAGAUGAACAGUUUCAAAAAUAAAAAAUGGACAAAGGAGGAAGUAAUUACUAAUACUUCCGUAAUAAAGUCGUCCACUACUCCACUUCUUGUUAGGAUAGAGCCUUCGUUAAACAGUUUUCCCGCGAGAUAGUUCAGAUCUUCCAUGGCGAUCUUGUGGCAAGAAAGAAAUGCGGAAAAGCGCAGGCCCCCACAAGGAAGCGACGGGAUCUCCCGCUUGACGCCGUACGCCAAGCAGUGCGUUUCUCGCCGUUAGAUCACAUCUGCCCCCACGUUAUUAACGCGCCCGGCCCGCCUCGAUCCGACGGCCCCGGCUCCACCCACGAAAACCGCAUAAAACGGUCUUCUUCUCCGACCAAUCGCUCGCACCUAAUAAGUUUUUUUUCUUUUUAAUCAAUUGAUACUGGUUCGUUUAUAUGGGCUUUAGAAGUCGGAGACGGAGGUUACUGAACUAGAGCUUCUCUGGGCGAGUUAACUCGGCUGGCUCACUCGGUUCCGAGUCCAGGUUGAUGGUUCAACUCAAAGCGCUUCUGAUGAGUCCAGAGCUCUGGUAAGUAGGAGUUUAAUUGAUGACUGGGAUGCUCUGAAGAAUAAAUACAGAGAAAUUGAGCGGAAAGGGGUGAGUGUGUUGGAUGGAGGUUGCAAAGCGAUGGUUGAGUAAGUUCAGGCUUAAAGACAAGCUUAAACACUCCAAGAAGAAGAAGGAAUCCACAACUAAUGGGAAGGAAAGCUCGGAAACCACUGCCUGUGAAGACGCACCGCCAUCAACUGCCACUAAGCAAAAGGUUGCUGCUGCAAAGCAGUACAUAGAAAAGCAUUACAAGGAGCAAAUGAAGAACCUUCAUGAGCGUAGGGAAAGGCGUAACAUGCUGGAAAAGAAAUUGGCUGAUGCUGAGGUUUCUGAGGAGGAACAAAACAAUAUCCUGAAGUACCUUGAAAAGAAGGAGACAGAAUUCAUGCGCCUUCAAAGGCAUAAAAUGGGCGCUGAUGAUUUUGAGCCGUUGACAAUGAUAGGAAAGGGUGCAUUUGGUGAGGUUAGAAUAUGCAGGGAGAAGUCAACUGGCAGCAUCUAUGCCAUGAAAAAGCUCAAGAAGUCUGAAAUGCUUCGUAGAGGCCAGGUUGAGCAUGUCAAGGCAGAAAGGAAUCUUCUUGCAGAGGUUGACAGUAAUUGCAUUGUCAAGCUGUACUGCUCUUUCCAAGAUGAGGAGUACCUAUAUUUAAUUAUGGAAUAUCUUCCUGGAGGUGAUAUGAUGACUUUGUUGAUGCGUAAGGAUAUAUUAACUGAAGAUGAGGCAAGAUUUUAUGUUGGGGAAACAGUCCUUGCUAUCGAGUCUAUCCAUAAGCACAAUUAUAUUCACAGAGAUAUAAAGCCUGAUAACUUGCUUCUUGAUCGAAAUGGCCAUAUGAAGCUGUCUGAUUUUGGAUUAUGUAAACCAUUAGACUGCAGUAAUCUUCAUGAAAAAGAUUUUACAGUUGGACAAAACUGUAGUGAUGCUCUUAAAAGUGAUGGGCGUUCUGGGCCUCCAAAGCGCAGUCAGCAAGAGCAACUGCAGCAUUGGCAGAGGAACAGGAGAAUGCUUGCAUAUUCCACCGUGGGAACACCAGAUUAUAUUGCGCCAGAGGUUUUAUUAAAGAAGGGAUAUGGAAUGGAAUGUGACUGGUGGUCACUUGGUGCAAUCAUGUAUGAAAUGUUGGUGGGAUAUCCACCCUUUUAUUCAGAUGAACCUAUGUCUACUUGUAGAAAGAUUGUAAACUGGCGGACACAUCUGAAAUUCCCGGAUGAGGUAAAACUGUCACCUGAAGCAAAUGAUCUUAUUCGUAGACUUCUAUGCAAUGUUGAACAAAGGCUUGGAACAAAAGGUGCUCAUGAAAUAAAGGCUCACCCAUGGUUCGUAGGAGUUGAGUGGGACAAGUUGUAUCAAAUGAAAGCUGCAUUUAUUCCAGAAGUUAAUGAUGAGUUGGACACUCAAAAUUUCGAGAAGUUUGAUGAGGUUGACAAACAGAUGCCAACUGCAAUGAAAUCAGGUCCAUGGAGGAAGAUGCUCUCUUCUAAGGAUGUCAAUUUUAUGGGAUAUACAUACAAAAACUUUGAAAUUGUGAAUGACAAUGAAGUUCCUGGAAUUGCUGACCUGCGGAAGAAGAGCACAAAACCUAAGAGGCCAACUGUGAAAGCCCUAUUCAGGGAAGAAGCUGAUUCUUGUUCUGCCCAACCAACUCAGGGCAGUUUCCUUAAUCUGUUGCCACCACAGUUAGAAGUGUCAAAACGCGGGGAAUCAGAAUCUCUCUAAUUUUCUGACAGUCGUUCGAACUACAUUUGGUACAGCUUACAGAACAACAUACAACUGAUCUUAAUUAGAUCUGAUUUUGAUCAUCAAUUAAGUGUAAGUAAUUCAGGAAGGAAAAAAGGAAAGGAAAUGUUGUUUUUAUAAGUUUGUAUUUUCUUGUGUUCUUCUGGUCCUUCAACUGUGUAAAUUUUUCUUGAAGUGCAAAUAACAUUUUUUAAAGGUAAUUUCUAAUCUGUGUGCCCCACCCCACCCUUUCUUGUGAUUUUUAUUUUCAUUGGGAAAGCCCAAACUCCUAAUUAGUACACACUGAUUGUCCCUCAUCCUUCUUUUUUUAAGAAUGAAUGAAUGAAUCUCUU